ACCUCAAGGAAGAAGUGAAUUUGAGAGACAUGUUGCCGUUCAGUUCCAUUUGACCCAUCGUCCUAACAGAGCAUAUGCUAUCUGUGUGAGAAAGGAUCACAAACAGGAAACAGUAGCUGUAGUCGUGAUUCGUUCCAUUUCAACAUUUUCUGGUUUAGGUUGAUACAAGUUUUCAGACAAUUGAAAGCGCAAGCAGAAACUGUAAGGCAUAACUGUAGAGCAUUUGCAACUACCAGACAACAUGGAAUCCAACUUCAGCCCUACCAGUGAAGCAGCACUUGAGCGUAAGGCGGGCUCCCAGCGGUUCAGUGAGAACAUGCCACACAAGUUCGAAAUCCGCAGCUACAAAGUUCCCACCUUCUGCAACCACUGCAGCUCCAUGCUGUGGGGCUUCAUGCGUCAGGGCCUUCAGUGCAAAGCCUGUAAGAUGAAUGUGCACAAGCACUGUGAGAAUAAUGUGGCUCCUAGCUGUGAAUGAAUCAAUGAAGUUCAGAGUCUGGGAGAAGAUGCAAGAGAUUGUUCAAUAAACUCCUGUGACUCUGGAUCCCAACACUGCACACCCAAAACUCAUCCUCAGUUCCUCAGAUAUGGAGGAGAUGGGAUAGAAUUUUCUCCUUACUUUUCAUGAUUUUGCUGAUUUUCAGAAUCUCUACACACACACCUGUUCCCUAAUAACCUGAUAUCUUCAUGCCUAAACUGCUCUGGGAAUGAGUUGAUUAUGAUGUUUGGAUUAAUGAUUAUGUUUCAGAUCAAAAUAAAUAGUUAGGUUAUUAGAUGUUUGUCCUGUUCGCAUUAAAUACAUUUAUAAUCUAUGACAUCUGUGACAUGUCAUUAAUAUCUGUAAUCUAGAAUAUUCCAUAACUGUCUAAUGCAAGCUGGUGACAUAGGCAUCGCCCUCUACACACUCAACAUUCCACACCUCCCAGUUUCUGAUUACUGACUCCACCCACAUCAUCACACACCUGAAAGCCAUUAUGGACUCAGUAAGUCACUGAAUAAGUACCUGUGUCACCUGUUAUGAUACCACUAUUCAAGUCUACUUCCUGGCUGAGCAUCCCUGGUAGUCUUGAUACUCACCUGUGUCUGCCUCUCCCUUUACUGAUUUUAACUGAGCCUUUUGAUGAACCUGUUUUCCUGUGUACUGGUCUCCUGCCUUAUUGCCUUUCAUGAGUGUGCACCAUUGUAAAGAAUAAACCUGGUUCCUUAUCAAAAACCA